CGCGUUUUCGAGACGCGUCUAAAGAAUUCAUAUCAAUUUAUGCGUCCCCCUCGAUAUCAAGGUCCGCUUUAGAUAUUGUUUAAGCUACAAUUAAGUAAAUUUCAAUAUCAGCCAAUAUACAACUCUCUCCAUUCUAAAUAUUCUCGGUUCAACAACGGAAUUUAUAGAUGGUAGCAACUAUGAAAUCGCCAAUUUCGGAGGUGCAAACCGAGUCAAGAGCCGCGGCGAAACCCCAACGCACGCGAGUUCUCCGAACUUAUAGCAAACGUACUUUGUCGAGUGAUUCAGCACAACCCACUCCGAAAAGGGGACAUAUUGAGAAAGUCAACACAGCUGUAUUGUCAAAUGAUGAGAUAUCAACCAAGUUACCUUGUGAUACUACAAUUCCUCCUUCUCCCACCCUUCCUCCUGCACAACCCGCGAGGAAAGGCACGAUUAUGAAUUAUUUCAAAGUGGUUCCAUCAUCGCCAAGCUGCACACCACACUCGCCAGAACCGUCCUCCGAACCAGCUGAUCCAACAUGCACACCUCCAUCAUCCCCUCCCGUAUCCAACCUCCAACAGAAAAAAAGACGAAGACUCACCACUCGGAUAGUAUCUCGAGCUACAUCAGUAGAAUCAAAGAUGAAUUACAUGGUGGAUGAGGACGAAAAAGAAAGAGGCAAUGAGGUUGACGUGGGUUCCACGUUACCCAGCAACCCGUCACCAACACUAUCUGAAAUUUCCUCGGCAACAUUGAAUCUCCCGGUCGUCAAACCAAAAAGACAACCAGAUACCAAGCGCGAACGAAGUAUGAAGAAGACUUCCAAAGUCACUACAGUUCAGACAACAUUAAGUCUUUCAAUCGAGGACAAGGGAUUCACCGAAUGCAAAGAAUGCGAUAUGCUCUACAAUCCCCUACACAGGGAAGAUGCGAAAUACCAUGCCAAGCGCCACGCAGCGAUACUAAAGGCGAAGUUGAGCAGCUCUAAUAAUACUUAGGCACUGGAUCGAAUAAACUUACUUACCUCUACCUAGGUAUGCAUCAGCUGAAAGAGUGCCGUUACGAUGAUUAGAGUGCUUCUCCACCAUCCAAUCUUCAGCUCCAAAAUAGACAUUCAAAAAAGCUA